AUGGCCGCGAAGACGGUGAAGCUCGUUACGACGUUCCACGCACCGUCGAGCGUUAUCUCCUCCGUAAAAUGCAAGCUCGUACCCGGCGAUGUCGAGCAUCUCGUGGUGGCGAAGAUGUCGCGGCUCGAGGUCUUCUCCCUCCAACCCUCCGGCUUGCGCUUUGAGAGCUCUUUGGAAAUAUGGGGCAGUCUAUGCAGCGUGAAGGCAGUGAGGAGGAAGCCCGAUGUGAAGGACUGUGACCGCUUGGUGGUCAUGCUGGACCAUCCCCAGCCGGAGCUGCUGUUCUUGGAUUUCGAUGGGAGCGAGCUGAAGCUGGCGCACGCGCUCGAUCUGUCGACUGCGAAUGCGCUGCAGCGCGCAGCCGAGUUCUGCAUGGAUUUCUUCGUGAAUGAGGAGGGGUCACGGCUCGUAGUGAGCGCAUACGCGGGGAAGCUGAAGGUGGUGUGCUUGGAGGACGGGCUGCCGACGGAUACGGUCUACGAUGCAUCCGCGUACGAGAACAACAUCCUAUCCAUAUGCUUUGUCCCCGGGACGACAGACUCCAUCGCGAUCCUGCACAUCGACGCCGCCCAGCGCGUGCGGCUCAUUGUGCGCGAUCUGGACACCAGUGAAUACGAGAUCGCGUCGAGGCCAUCGUUGGAGUUGCCCUCCAUCGCGCUCAAUAGCAGCUUCUUUCGAUAUCCUGACGAAGACCGGACCUUCCUGCUUUCCGUCGGAGAAUGGAAGCGGCAGUGGCGGGAGGAUUUCCGGGGAGGUAUAUUGAUUGUCGGGGGAAGGAGGCUGAUGUUGUACGAGCGCGCGGACGAAGACACGAAGAAGAGACACGGCAAGAAACUUGAUGCGUUCGAGGCGAGCUCAAAGGGCGAUGCGAAGAAGCAGAAGGAGGCGAGGGACAAACAGAACCAGCGCGAUCUGAGGAAACGCAAGCCGGCGGCAUCUGUCGACUGGCCGUGGUCCCGCGUUGUCGCAUGCGAGGCCGUUGACGACAUUCGUUUCCUGAUUGGAGAUGAAUAUGGGCGACUUGGACUAGUGCAAGUCGACUUCCGGAACGUCCAGACCUGCCUUGUGCUGAUUCCUCUUGGCUCGAUAAGCCCACCCACGACUAUCACCCACCUCAACGGCUCCAAGGUCUUCAUUGGCUCGCAUUGCGGGGACUCACAGGUCAUUGACAUCGGUACCGUCAUAAUACCAGAGUCCAAACCCCUACCUAUACCACCGGGUUGGCCGACCGUCAAGCCAGAGGAGCUCGAGGAUGGGCCGGCUUCUACCAUGGACGCGACGCAGGAGUCGCCAAAGCCUGCCAAGGGCAAGAUCGUGCAGAUGCGCGGCUCGGUGCUGUCGGUGACGGAGUCCUUCACGAAUAUUGCACCAAUUGUGGACGCGGCGCUUGUGGAUGUGGAUGACAGUGGGCAGCCCCAAAUCGUGACUUGCUCGGGCGACCAAGGUGCGGGUCGAUUACAUGUCAUCCGUAGUGGCGCAGACUUCAAAGUCAUUGCGAACGCGGACGAUUCCAGCGCAGCUCACGUCUCCGGCAUUUGGCCCCUGCGGAACAUGUACGACGAUGCCGAACACAGUCGUAUCUUGCUUGACACGCCCGAAGGCACGCAGCUCUUCCGCAUCGAAGCCGUUGACUCUCAGCAAUCCUUCGUCUAUGAGCCGCUAGAGACCACCGGCUUCUUGUCAGCACGAACACUUGCUGCGGGCAAUGUUCGUGUGGGACCUACAUAUGGCGACUCCCCCAUCGCCGUGCAGGUGACGACCGAGGGCUUGCGCGUGUGCGAGUACGCGAUGGGGAUCGCGGGGUAUACGCCAAUAGGGGGAGCAGGCGUGCAGAGGGGAUGGGGCAAGCCAACUGCCGCCUGCGUGUCGGAGAGCCAGAUAUUCGUCGCGUAUCCUGGGGGCACACUAGCUUAUUUCUGCGUAGAGCUGCAGAACGGCGAUUAUAGGUUGAAGCCCGUAGGGACUCUGAGGCUUCGCGGUGAACCGGAAAUCGCCUCAAUAUGCGUCCUGCCCCCUGAGCCAAAAGAUGGCAAGGUCCCGAAGCAGUCGAAGUACAUCGCGGUCGCGUACUGGGAUAGAUCCAGCAUCGACAUCUUCAAGCUCAAGAAGAAGGCAGUUGGGAGGGCCGACGAUGGUGUCGUCGAAGAACUCACGCACACGACGGACGCCUUGCCAGCACUCGUUCGUGGCCUCACUGUGCAGCACUUCGGUGGCAAGGACGAAGGGCGGUAUACGUAUUUAAUUGCUGGCCUAGCAAAUGGCUCGGUGGUCACGUACGCCCUGCGCGAUGGUGUCACCCACGACCGGAAGGUCACCUCGUUAGGGAGUGCUCCGGUCUCGCUGGCGGUCUACUCAAAAGACGGCGAGCCAGCAGUCUUUGCUGCAGGCCAGCACGCAGCCCUCUGGUCUUGGGAGAAGAAGCGAUUACAUCACGCUGCUGUUAUGGUGCGAGACGUUGCGGCCAUUGCACCACUGGAGUUGCCCGACCACAAGGAUGCGCUGUUGCUGGCAAGCCCCACCGGGCUUACGGUUGGUUCUGUCCAGGCGGUCGACAAGAUGCACAUUCGAACGAUACCGCUCGGAGGGUACACACCUACGGGUAUAGUGCACGAUGCGACAAAUAAGGUCUUCGGGGUGAUCGCGUCGUAUAAGCCUCCAGGGUGCAUUGGUAUAGAUACGGAGCCUGGAACGAAAUGCGCGUUCCUCCUAUUCGAUGAUUCGACAUACGACGAGCUGCAGCGGCAUAACUUUGCAGACGGGACUGUACCGACGGCAAUCACGCUCGUACAGCGUCCCACGGAUGAGGGGGCACAGGAGACAUUCUUCUGCGUUGCCACAUACGACGCUGCUCUCGCUGAAGAAGACGAUCCCGAGCCUGGGCUGCUUACCCUCCUGAGCGUUAGAAGGACGGCGAGUGCAGACGGGUCAACGGCGCAAAUUGCCCAACGAGCGACGCGACCCAUCAUCAAGCCCGCAAUGCAGAUGACCACGGUGAAGGGACUUAUCGCCGCCGCUGUCGAGUCUGCGGUCAUGUUCUUCCGCCCGGACAUAGCGAGCGUCUCGUCUUCGACCUGGACCUUGAACAAGGUCGGCGAAUGGAAUCACAACUUCGUCAUCCGCACUCUUGCCGUACGAGACAACCAUGUCGCGAUUGGCGACCAGAUGCACUCGAUCUCGCUCGUCAAUGUCGCAGUGCUGGCGAACGACACCGUCCAACUUGAUCUGAUCUCGAGUGACUACUCACCUUUGUUCCCGGCGAGCCUCGCAUUGGGGGAGAAGGACGCAGUCAUUGCGGCGAAUAUCGACAUGAACUUGACCACAUUCUCGUCCGCGACAGCCUCAAAUGGGCGAGAGGCGUUGGAUAGGGAUGGCGCGUUUUUCCUUGGUGAAAUGGUGAACAAGUUCAUACCAGGUUCUUUGUCCACUGCGGAGACGACGGACUCCGAGAAUGACUUGACGCUGAAGCCCAGCUAUCUCUUCUUCACCUCGGUCGGCCGCAUAGGCGUGGUCGUCGACUUGGUUGCAGGUGGUUCGCUUUCGCGAUUAUUCACUGACCUCGAGCGCAACAUGUCGUAUGUGUUUCGAGGCGUUGGCGUUCCGAAGGGUCCGCACGAGGACCAUCAGAAGUAUCGCGCACCAAAGAACUCGAUACGCGGCAGCGACUCCGAAUCUGCACGAGGCUUCGUGGACGGCGACUUCCUCGAGCAGUACCUCCAAGUCACCGAUGCUACAACGGCGCGCAAGGUCAUCGAGGGCAAGACCGUGCACGAGAAAAUUCGCACAUACAACCGCGAAGAGAUACGUCAACAGCUGGAAGCGCUGCAGAGCCUUCACUAA